CUAUCUUGACUAAUUUGGAGAGAGAGAGAGAGAGAGAGUCGAAGAAGCUAUGAUGCUUCUCCACUAUCCUUUGGUUCGUUCUCGAUCACCGCCAUUGAUGGACCUCGGUCCUCUCAUGGCGUAGCUUAGUCGCUCGUUUUUCCUCAGCUCUCUCGUCUCCAGUACCACCGUUACCUCCGCCGCCUCCCGAUCCCUCUGAUCAGCCACCGUCGCCCCUAUCCUUCCGCCCCUCUGUGGUUCGCGUAGGUCAAGCUUCACUUGCACCUUCGGGGCUUUGAUUACUUCGUUUCAUCAGUCAGUUAGAGUUUGCGAGGAUUGUUCUGAAAUGAUUUGGGGUGGUGGUUCUUUGCUGGUGAUGUGUUUCUUCUGAAAUGAAGAUAAAUGGAUUUGUUUGGGCAAUCUGAAGACUAUAGAUGGAUGCCAGAAAUGAAGGGUUUGGCCCUCCGGGCCAAAGGAUUACUCCAGCCUCUUCGGGUUCCGGUAGUGCAAGUGCUAAACCUCCGGAAUUUCAUGUUUCCGGUGGGGUUGCGCCUGUGCUCAAUUAUUCAAUUCGGACAGGAGAGGAAUUUGCUCUUGAAUUUAUGCGGGAACGAGUGAUUCCCAGAAAAUCUUCUGUCCCAAGUUCGUCUAGUGAUCAAAAUCCCCCAGCAACAGCUUAUAUGGACUUAAGAGGCACUCAAGGUAGUUCUCAUACUGGAUCUGAAAGUGGACCUGAUGUUUCGAAGCUUGUAGCUGGUGAUAAAGUUCAGGUUAAGGAGGUUGAGAAGAAGAAGAAGAGCUUUUCUGAAGUUGAUAACAAAGCUCAUUACGUAUCAGCGGGCUCGGUGAGCCAUGCAUCAUCAGCUGAUGGAAGUAACCGUGGAGUUUCUCAUAGAUAUACUUCUUCAGAGGCUUCUGACUACUCAUCCCCUAAGUUGAAGUUCCUUUGUAGUUUCGGUGGGAGAAUUUUGCCUCGACCUAGUGAUAGGAAGCUUAGGUAUGCAGGUGGUCAUACGCGAAUUCUUCGCCUUAACAGGGAUAUUUCUUGGCGGGAGCUUAUGCAUAAGACUUUGGCCGUAUGUCACCAACCUCACACAAUCAAGUAUCAAUUACCAGGGGAGGAUCUUGACGCUUUGGUAACUGUGUCCAGCGAUGAAGAUGUUCAGAUUAUGAUGGAGGAAUGCAGUCUUCUUGGUGGUGAAUCUUCACAGAAGCUUAGGCUGUUUUUGCUUCCUUCUGGUGAUUCUGAUGACAUUCAUUACGGACUUGGAAGCAUGGAUAAUGAUUCUGAAAUUCAUUAUGUGGUUGCUGUCAAUGGCAUUGAUGUAGGAGCUGGUAAAAACUCAGAUGGGCAGGGUAUAGGAAGUGUAUCGAGUGAUUUGGAGCAACUAUUCAACCUUAAUGUUGAAAACGAGAGAAGCAAUGCAAGCAUGGUAGCAACUGAGUCUGCUGGGACUAGUGCUAAACCUCUGGCUGGUAGUUCUGAGCUUCCUCCGAGUUUAUCAUCAAAGCUGCAGGAUAGCUUCUCAAGUGACUAUAGUUCCAUCUUUUACUCUCAUCAAGGUAGUGCGAUGCAAUAUUUUGAAGGUAAUCCUUAUCCUCAAACUGCCAUUCCCCCACCUGUCAAUAUUCACAAUUUGGAUCAGAUGUCAAUACCCUCAUCUGUGCCAUCUGAUUUUGACUAUAAUAACCAUUUUGUAUCCCAUGGAGGAAGUUCUGCUCCCAUGCCGCCUCCUCAGCUAAACAUUUAUAGUCAACCCAUGAAUGAAGGGCUACCAAGGGUCACCAGAACUCAGGCAAAAGAGGUGAAUCUGACUGUUGAUGGUGCAAGCUUGCAUAAGAAUAAAAGUGAACACAUUCCUUCUUUCCAAGAUGCACCCGAGCAACAUCAUGGAGUGUCAGUGUCAAAAUUCUCACAAGCUGUAGAGUCCUAUGGUCCUUCAGCACUAGAGCAUGUGCCUUCUGGAUUGCCUUCUAAACAUGGCACAAAGAAUGUGGAGUCUGCACAGACAAUAUCCUCACAUGAUGCUGUAAAUCCUGGUCAGAUUUGUGAUUCCAAUGAGGAUGACUGCCAGUCUGCUGGGGCUUUUACAUCUGGUUAUUCUGACUAUGAGGGCGAUAUGAAUGAUCUUGGCUACAAUGAUCUGUCUGCACGCCCUUUACGAGUCUAUCAUUCUGAAAUGAUUCCUCGGGAGCUGGGAGAGUCACGAAACCGUUUAUCAAAAUCUGAUGAUUCAAUUGGUUCUCAAUAUUUAAUACUUCACUCACGUUCUGGUAUUGCUCAAGAUUCAAUUGCUGAAGCUGUUGAUCCUUCACUUGAAGGUAAGGCAAACGAGCAAUCUUCCCUAGCUGGAAAACCGCUUAAUUCUUAUUCCACAACCACCACUGAGGACUACUGUAUGCAACUGGGGAAGCAUGAGUUGACAGAUGCAGUCAGUCAAUUAAAUCAGGCUGAGGUAACAUCUGUUCCAGAGAAGUCAAAAACUGCAAAUAGUGAUCAUCAGCCUGGGGAUGCCGUAGUUAACCAAGUGGCUGGAAUAAAAUUUGACCGAACCAAUGGUAAGAGCGAUGAGAAGAAUCAGAAAAUUGGCAGGAGGAUGCAGAAUCCUGAGUUCGACCAAGAGCUGAAAUCUUCUUUUAAUGACAACAACGCCAUUGGUGGUAAUAAGAUCCUACAAGAAUCUCAUGCAAGCAAAAGCUCAGAACAUUCAGUGAAUGUUGAUGAAAAAGUUGCUGGGAAAACUAAAAUGAAAAAGCCACUUGUGGAUGAAGCUGAGGCAGUUGACUUGGUACAAAAAGCAGUUGUUGCUGAUAUUGCCAGUAAGCAACAAGAAAAUCUCGCUUCUGUUUUACCUGAAAUUCACUGGGAUGACUUAACUGCAAAAGAUACCUAUGAUGUUGCAGGUAGCUCUGCUGGAGCCGCUGGAGAAGAACCUGCUCCUGUUUCAGGGAAGAAAGAUAUUCUUAUUGACAUUAAUGAUCGAUUCCCUCCUGGUCUUCUUUCUGAUAUCUUUAGUCAAACCUGGCCUUCUGAUGACCAGUCAAGCUUACGCCCCCUACAUAAAGAUGAUGCUGGUCUCAGUCUAAAUAUGCAGACCCACGAGCCUCAAAGGUGGUCUUUCUUCAGAAAUCUGGCUCCGGAGGAAUUUUCAAGGAAAGAUGUUUCCCUCAUAGAUCAAGACCAUCUUGGUUACUCUUCUUUGCUUAAAAAUGCUGAUGAGGUGAUUGCUAGGACAUAUGAAUUCGGUCCUUCAAAGAAUGAGGGUGUUAAUCUAAGUCACAUGAAUCCGCAAAUAGAUUUUGGAGAUGAAAUGCCACAAGAAUUCUCUAGCAAGACAGUUGACGAUACUAAUAUUUUGCACCCAGCUGGUAUAUCAUCACAAGUUCUUCAUACUCAUUUGAAGGAUAAGGGUGGUGAAUCUUUGCAGGUUGACAAUCCCUACUCAAAACUUGGAGAGAACAUAAGAUUUCCUGUCUCUGAGUAUGAGGAUUUGAAAUUUGAAAUAGAGGGAGCAGUUGGCCCAGUUUUUGAUGUGUCUGCUGGUGAAUUUGAUCUCAGUAAUUUGCAGAUCAUUAAAAAUGAGGACCUUGAAGAACUAAGAGAACUGGGUUCUGGCACAUUUGGAACUGUCUACCAUGGAAAAUGGAGGGGCUCAGAUGUGGCCAUUAAGCGGAUAAAAAAGAGCUGCUUUACAGGUCGCUCCUCUGAACAAGAAAGACUGACUAUAGAGUUUUGGCGGGAAGCUGAGAUUCUCUCAAAGCUACACCAUCCAAAUGUAGUGGCCUUCUAUGGAGUGGUGAAAGAUGGGCCUGGGGGUACUUUGGCAACUGUAACUGAAUACAUGGUUAAUGGUUCUCUCAGGCAUGUUCUAUUGCGUAAAGACAGGUACCUCGAUUACCGCAAGCGGCUUAUUAUUGCAAUGGAUGCAGCUUUUGGAAUGGAAUAUCUGCAUUCCAAAAACAUUGUACAUUUUGAUUUAAAAUGUGAUAACUUGCUUGUGAACCUCAAAGAUCAAUCACGGCCCAUUUGUAAGGUAGGUGAUUUUGGCUUGUCAAAAAUCAAAAGGAACACCCUGGUUUCUGGUGGCGUGAGAGGAACACUACCUUGGAUGGCACCUGAACUAUUAAAUGGCAGCAGCAGCAAGGUGUCUGAGAAGGUUGAUGUAUUCUCUUUCGGCAUUGUAAUGUGGGAAAUUCUCACUGGUGAGGAGCCUUACGCCAAUAUGCACUAUGGUGCAAUUAUAGGUGGAAUUGUGAAUAAUACACUGAGGCCGCCAUUGCCCGCAUCGUGCGACCCCGAAUGGCGAAGAUUAAUGGAGCAGUGUUGGGCUCCUGAUCCUGUGCAGAGACCAUCCUUCACUCAAAUCGCCAGCCGUUUACGUGCCAUGUCGGUCGCACUUCAGAGUAAAUCAUCAAAAUAAAGUUAUACGGAUACUAUUAUUUUGUGCCAUUUUAAGUCACCUAUGGGUUGGUUAUUAUGUGUCCGUUGUAUGUGUGCUUGAAACCCCAAGUAAAAAAGGUUCUGUAAAAUGCUCUUAUAGAGAGUGUUAUAUGAAAAAUGGUAAAGGGUUAAGAUUAUUUAUGUGAGAUGUUUACAUGAAUAUGAUAAGUAGUGAAUACAAAAACUCUUGAAAUA